AUGCUGUCAUCUCUCGUUUCGGUUAAUUUUCAACGAUGCUAUUAUUCGCUUGGAAGGUAUUCCCGAUCCAGAAUCUGGUUAUGCACUGCUUUGGAACUGCGAAUUGAUUGGAUUGAACUCAUUGACGAACAGUUAGAGUCGGAAGCUUUCAGCGCUGAAACGGUUACUUCACAACCACGUUCGUUAUCGGCUGUUCCAGAUUUCAAUAAACUUUUCCAUGUAAAAGGCAUACGUCUUUAUACCGAUAUUUUUACUAGGCCAGAGAUGAGAGAUUUAUCAGAAGAAAAUAUGUCUGCAUCAACACAAGUCAUAACAAGCAUGUAUCUCCGACGUGAAAAAGAGAAAACAAUGAAGAAACUGUCAGCUUCUUCGGAUUCAUCAGAUGAACACUGUGAAAAAGGCGGCAGUAUGUUAUGUUCCGUACAGAUAUCGGCAACUUCAACAAUUUAUGAAUCAUGUUAUUCUCGUAACAGUUAUAUGGAAGAUGAAUUUCCUUCUGCCACUUCUUCACCGUUAGAUUCUUCCAGUAGCACUAUAUUGGAGUCGAAUCCAGUUAUGUUUGCAUCAUUUAGUGGUAGCGUUGAAACUGUUAUUGUUCGAGUACGUAACAACGAGAUCUCAUCACAAUACACUUUGUCUUCUGAAAAGGAAAUUAGCCUUAACUUUGAUGGUCUCUGUAUAUUUUUGACGCCUUCGCAAUUGACCAUUUUGAAAACAUUUUUUGCUGCAAUUGCAAAGCCUCCUUCAAACUCUGAUGGUGGACAGUGCACUUUAGGGAAACCAAUGUGUAUGCAAGAUUAUCAGCAGGUUGAAGCCGAGUUGCAGACAAGAAUUGUACCGUCGAACCAAAUGAAUACAGACUUCCAGCAUGGCAACUGGGGUGGUUCAAUGAUGUUUUAUGAUGCACAGAGAAAACCUUCAGUAGCAUCGAUUGAAGAACAAAUGGCUAAUGUUUCCUUGAAUCUCAGUGAUAUAGGAGAUGGUCGAGUCGACAGAUUUCCAAAGGAAAAUUUAAGAAGCAACUGUUCGCAGAAAACUUUGAGAAAUUCGGACACUGUAUCUGAUGUGAUUAGUGUUAAAGCAAGCAUUUGCAAUGUUGUCUUUGUCCUCACCCAUAAAGAUUAUCUUGGACAAGAUGAAGUUCGGAACAGAGGCAUCGAAAACGUGGCUGAUAUUAUCAGUUCAUACAAGGAAUUGGCAGAAGGGUUCUUUAAGGCAGCGUCUUCUCUGCGAUUUGGAGUUCAGUUACAUGAAUUAAAUCUGAAUACGAAACAUUUAUAUGGAGAUGACCACCUACAAUUCAUUGGUGAAGGAGUCACGUUUGAUUACAAUCAAGUAAAAAGUCGGGAAAACUACUGUUUUUCAAUGAAUUUAGAAGCGCUUGAUGUGGAAUUAUUAGAAAUUUUGUCGCCGACCUCGUCGAGCACGGACACCGAAGAAAAUAUCAAACUCUUUUCAUUUUGCGAUUAUGCAUCAACAACUGAAAAAAGCCGUCGAUUAAUGGUUACCGUAGAAAAUGGCAAAAAUUCACAGCAUUAUGAUGUGACGGUAAACGUGACAACUUGUGAAAGUGAAUUAGACAUUUCGAUAAUUGAUCGAAUAUCUUCUCUUUUGGUCACGAAACCUUUUCACACUUAUCCAUUUCCUUCAUCGAUUCAUAACGUUAACGACGUAUCACGAGGCUUGAAAACAGAUUUGCUCUUUACCGCUAUGCAAGAUGUAAACAACACACCAUCAUCACUAGCAUUUACUAUUGGCUGUCCAGAAUGGGACAUAAAUUUGAGGAUACCAGUAGUAGAUUUACGACGUUCUGAAUCUUCUCCAACUCGAGCACCCCACUGGAAAAGAAAUUUGCAUAAAGAGUCAGUAAGGUUGACCUUGAUGGAUGUCAGACUAGAAAUGCCAAAAUUUGAUCUAUCGCGCUUAAGGCAGUACGGAACAGCUAUUAUUUCAGCUUCUGCUGUAAACGGGUCCUUCAAUUUGGUUGAAAAUACUGGCUCGGCGAGUCUCGAUUCUCUCUUUCUUUUUGCUGGUUGUUCAGAGACAUGUGGUGGAGGUUGUGUCAGCUUGAAACUUAGCUACGAUAAUAGAAACAGUAGCUUGGAGUCGACUUCCACACGCUGUAAUGAAACAGGUUACUCCUGUGCCUCGCAUUAUGAUGCUGAAAACGAGGCAGAUGUUAAAAUGGAGGGACCAUUCUCAAAAUGUAUUAUACGCAAUGAAAACCGAAUGAUAAUUGUGGUUGGAAGCACAAGGGAGAUGUUAGAAUUUGGUGAAAAUUGUCUAUCAAAUGCACGAAUAAAAUGCGAGUUAACUAUUCCAACUGUGCGAGUUCACUUCCCUGGUCGCCACUAUCAUGAAGUUAUUUACAAUAGGUUGAUGAACGAUUUGUCGAUGUGGCAACCGUCUUCCCCAAUCUUGAACAGUUCUGAUCGGCAGAGAGAUAUGGAAGUAUCGGGUGGCGGACUCUUCGAACUCUGUAGAUCUUCAAAAAGGAAAAAUUCUGCUCACAGUGAGUGCAAUGUUUCUUGCUCUCAUGGUUCGAGUCCAACAGUAAAUGCAUUAGGCAGCGAAAAAUCUCAUAGUUUUUGUCUGGUGGCAAAUAUAAAUGAUGGCCGAGUGCUUAUAGGAACUGAAUUUGAAGAUGGAGCUGUGAAAAAACUAGGCCAAAUCGGUGCAAUUCUACACAAAACGCAAAUAAUGACAGUUAAUGGUUUUCAUGGCAACAGAGAGUUGUCUUAUUUUUAUUCAACUUCCAAAGUUGCCAGUUUUUUUCAUAAAAAUCUUAUUGGAGAUAUAAUCCCAUAUGAACGGUGUGUUUUGAAGAAGGAUUUUGCCCAGCAUUUCAAAGAAGGAAUCCAAGCAGGACCGGUAGUAGAUGAAGAAAUUUGCUUUCUGGAGGAAGAAGAUAAUUUCGCCAUUGCAGUUAGAAUUGAUUUUCACUUCCCCGAAAAUCUCAAGAAUAUGCUGGUUGGAGUUGGUAUUCGUAAUACAAUGUUACAUUUGAAACCGUGUACAAAUGCUGAGCAGUUUUGGAUCAAUCAAUUAAUCAGCUUCUUCGAUAUCGUCGAUUACGGUAUUCCUGGUUACGAAAUCCCACAAAUAACGACAGAACUACAUAUGCAUUUCUCAUCCUCCCUGUUGGCUUACGAACAUUAUUUCAAGAAUCCAUCAUCUCCUUUAUCAUUACGAGUGGUGCUUGGUUCUUGCGACGUCAGUAGUCGAAUCAUGCAGGAUCUAGAAAUAUAUAAAUUUGAAUGCAUAUUUGAGCAGCUCAAGCUCUUCGCAUCAUUCAAUCCGCAUUUACAAAUCAUUGGGAAUCAAGAUGAAACCAAGUCCACAAAAUUUGAGCCUAAAUUCAUACAUAUACUGUCUGUGGGUAUGUUGCAACUAGAGGUGAUGGCAGCGAAAGGCUUCAGUACUGUUGAUGGCAGGCUAAAGAAGUGUUUUCCAUUGCUGGAAGUUAGAUGCAAAAAUGAUUUGUUGAAGUUGUGGGCCUGUUCGGAUUCCCUGUGUUUAGUAGUUAAUGCCAUUGCUGAGUUGCUAGAUGCACAGACUUCUAAAGUGGCUAUACCCAGAAGUGGAUUGCAAACACCAAUCAGUAAAUCAACAAUCCGGAAUUCAAGAAGGCGGGUAUCCACUGAACAACAAAUGGCAAAUAUUGAAAAAAUGGUUCGAUCAGCAGUAUUGCAAUCCAGACAUGAAAUUUUUGAGUACCCGAUAGAUUCACCUGAGAAUUUGUCACACACUUCUCAAGUACUAUCAAAUGCAGUGAUAGAUUUAUUUAAUACAACAGAGGAAAGCAAGCCUAGAGAUUCAUCCGGAGUGCUCGGAAUUGACGAGGGCUUUUGUCUGCUUGAUGAAAUUCCCGGGAGUGGAAUCACGGCUGGUAACGGCAAGCCAUGGGCACGGUUUCUAUUCGCCGAUGACACAGCUCCUGUUACAUACGAUGAUUACUUGACAAAAAUCGAUGGUAGGCCGAACAGAUCGGUUCUUUUUGCUAUGAACAAAAUUUAUACUCCGUGUAUCAAAUACUGUAUUGAUGAUGUGUCGCUAGAACUUCAUUUAUACGGUGGUGCUGACUUCAGCACAUCAAAACCAUCUUCCAAACCUUACUGUAUAUCAAGUGGAGGAAAGCUACGUCGUGAUAACUCUCCCGUUGGUGGUCAUUACAGAGAUUAUUCUGUUCAUGUUGAUUUGCGUUUUUUCAAAGUUAAAUUUGUGUUCGAAAUAUACGAUAAAGAUGCGCCGGCGUUAUCUACAAGACUGUUCAGUAUCGGUUCAAUUGAAAUUUUGGAUAAAAUGGUGUCUUCAAAAAUUAAUAAGCUGCUUUACCCGCAUGUGUGGGAUCAGACGUUUCCACGUCAUUCGCAAUCGCCGAUGUUUUCAGUUCGUUUAUAUGAAACUCCUCAACAUGAGGGUAAAAUGAAAGUUUCCUUGUUGCCUUUGCGCAUCAAUGCUGACCAGGAUACUCUGGAGUUUCUCGAAGAUUAUAUAAAUGAUCUCUCUGGUAGUGUUGGUGUCUUACAAGCAGAAGAUACCGCAACAUCGAAAAUGCCAUCAAAGCCAUGGUUAGAAGUACGUCUGGAUGGAAAUACCGAUAGUAUGCAGUGCGCUGGCGAUACAUAUUCAGGCGCAGUAACAAAUUGUAUGGAGAUGACUAUGCAAAAUGAUUCAUCUUGCAAUGAUGAAGAACGGCGAAACUCACUAUUCGCUUAUGAUCUACUUAAUUUGCAUAUUCAUGAUGAUUUCCAUCUUGAUGAAGGUAUUAGUGAUAAUUUAAUGGUCGAUGGACGACCAGAUUCAGCAAGUGAUUUGUUUGACGAAAGUGGACCCGUAACCAAUACCGUCACAAAUUUAAUGGAUCAUAUGAGUCCUCCUCCUCACUCGUCAUCGAAUGCUGUGAUUCAGUGUUUAACUACAGAAAAGACUGAUAGCAAUAUUCGUGCUGUUUCGCCUAUCGCAUGUAAAGAAGCAAAAAGUGUAAAAUUAAAACUUGAUAUAACGAAAGAAAAAAACGACGACGAAAAAUCUGUUUCUGUACUGACCGAUUAUCAUGGGAAAAGCUCUUUGGAAAUAAAUUCCUUGGAAGCAGAAUCGAUCGUUAAAGGGAAAAUCUACUUUAAGGAAUUUACGUUUUCGCCAUCUGCUGUGAUUCGUUUGGAUUUAAAUGGAAAGCGGGUGCGUCCAGAUCAAGGUUGGAUUUUAGGACUUUUGGUAGGGUUGAGCGAUUUCAAAUGCACUGAAAUACGUUUGAAGGAACUCAACUGUACUCGAGGGCUACUUGGUUAUGAUCGAUGUGUUAAAUUUGCUAUUAAUGCCUGGCUUAACGAUAUUAACAACAAACAAUUAGUACAGUUUAUUACGUCAUAUGGACCUAUCAAGUCAUUGGUAGAAAUUGGCUUUGGGAUUCGAGAUCUGUUUUUGAUGCCAGUAAACGAGUAUUGUAGGGAAGAAGGUCAUAUCGUAAAAGGAUUACAAAGAGGGGCGGAAAGUUUUGGGAUAUCCACCGCAACGGCUGCAGUAGAUAUGCUGCAAAGAAUGGUCGGAAUUGUGCAGAGCGUAGCGGAAUUGGCAUUUGAUAUUGUUUCACCCGAAUACCCAAUAUAUCGACAUCGAAGAAAUAUGAUAGAUUAUACGGUACUUCGACCGCCAAAUGAUAUCAGAGAGGGCUUUAAUAUGGCUUUGGAAGCCAUUGGGCGGGAAAUAAGUGAUACAGCGUUAGAUUUCCAAUUAGCUGCACUACAAGAUCAAGCAAGUGGUUAUUCGACUGUACGCGGCUUUCUUCGACAAGCUCCAACUACAGUAUUACGGCCUAUAAUUGCCGUAAGUAAGGCUACGGUUAAUAUUCUGGGUGGCGUGAGGAAUCAAAUGAAACCAGGCAGCCACAGGGAAGAGAUGGAGAAAUGGAAGUAAAGCGAGUUCACGAAUUACUACUGAUUCUUUCGCAUUGAUCGCGUUACCGAACUUUGUUAAUUUGAUGGCUUAACUGUUGCAAGUAGUCGGAUUUUCUGCCGCAAGCCGUUCUGUACAUACUUGUGAGUGAAAUGCUUCUAGCUGCUUAUUUUUUAAAUAAUGGAUUGGUACGGAUAGAGCAGAACCUGCCCCUUAAAUUAUGGGCUAUACGAGAAACUCGCCAUGGUUUGGAUUUUAGUGCUUCGUGACGAUAUCCAUGCUGGUAUUUUUAUUUGAGGUGCAUUUAUUAUUUGCAGUACAACUUAUUUGAGGCGUAGUGCUGGAAGUUCCUGCAUCCACUCACCACUCUCAGCAUAUUUUUAUGUUCAUUGGUAAAUGCCUACUCCUGCACCUUUCGCGCCAUGUUAUAUGUUCAUGCAAAUUUUUAUUGUGAAUAUUGGGACUAUUGAGUAUUGAGCUUCUGGUUGCACAGUCGCAGCUAUAUAGCCCUCUCGAAUUGAGCUCACAAUAACGGCCGUUUAACACAGCCACUUAUUAAGCGAUAUGAGGUUGUAUAAAAUAUUAUAUUGCUAUUUGUCUCCAGGGAAGCAAUUCAUUGUAAUUGACAGCGAGGAAGUCCCAAUAAAACCGAGGGAGUUCGAAAUUU